GUGAGGGGGUAAGGAGAGGCCGCGAUGAGCUCCGGGCCGGGGAUGCUCAGCCCCGGCUCCACCGUGUCCCUUCGGGUCUGCACUGUGGGCCUGCGCCCGGAGGUGCCCGUCGUGCGCCUGUGGGGGCUGCCAGCCGAGCGCAGUGCUGAGUAUGGCCGCCUCCACCGUGAGCUGCAGGCGGUGGCUGGGCCGCGGCUGGCGGCUGGUGGGGUCGAGCUGCGCGUUGGCGACCUGGGCCUGGUGGAGGUGGUGGGGGUCUGGUACCGCUGCUCUGUGGUGAGUCGCUGCGGCCGCGACUACCGCGUGUUCCUGCUCGAUGAGGGCUGCACGAUGCCCGCGUCCGCCGAUUACCUGGCGAGGGGCCACCGGGAGCUGUUCCAGCUGCGGCCCGCGGUGCUGGGCUGUGUUGUGGCCAACGUGGUGCCCUCAGGAGGCCCCCAGGGGGCGGCCUGCGGGGACAUGCCUGUCUCCAGCUGGGCGGUGGAAGCUAUGGAGUUCCUCAGCCACCUGCAUGGCAAGGAGGUGGCUGGCCUGGUGCAGGAGGUGGUGAUGCCGCAGGUCAUAGUGCUGGAGCUGCCCCAGCUGGUGAGCCAGAUGCAGUGCCUGGGCCUGGCCAGGCAGGUAGCUCCCAGCUGGUUCUGCCAGGUGCUCAGGCACUGUCUGUCUUACAGCAACUUAAGGAGCCAACUUAGGCUGCAGCCUCCGGCACGUUCCCAUGUCUUUUCAGUGGUGCCGCAACUUCUCAAUGUUUUGCAUGUGUAUCGGCCUCUGUGGCCUGCCUUGGAUUACUUUUACCCGCAGCUUCAGUUAGGUGUGACAGAGCCUGUCCUAGUGACCCAUGUUGCUGACCCCCACCACAUCUACUGCCAGUUGCAGAGCCUGUCCCAGGAGAUCCGUUGCCUUUCUGAUACCAUGUGCCACAUUUAUGACCGGUGGGGGCAGGAUUUACUACCCAAAGUGGGCUCACCGUGUGCUGCCCGGGGCACAGAUGGCCAGUGGUACCGUGCGCUCCUGCUGGAGCUUAUGGCUGGGGGGCAGAACCAGCAAGUGGCUCUGGUGAUCUUUGUGGACUGUGGCAGGAAGGAGACUGUGACCAGAGCUAACCUGCGCCAUUUGCCUGUCGAGUGUUUUCGCAUGCCUGUGGUGACCUACGCGUGUGCUCUUCAGGGUAUCUCAGAUGGGGGCUGUGGCUGGUCCCCAUUGCAGAUCGAUGAGCUGAAAGCAUUGGUGCUAGGCAAAGGAGUGAGUGCUCACAUUGAAGCCUUUAACUCCAUUGAGCAUCUCUAUUAUGUGAAUCUGUAUGGAGAAAACGGUGUCAACUUGAACAAUUUCUUUGGGGUGCGGGCUCACUGCCUAGUCAGCAGCCGUGUGCAGGUCAGCCAGACUGAGGCUCAGGAGCAGCUGGAAGUAGAAGAACCAAAAUUGCCACCAGGAUCACCUGUUGCUUUAACGCACAGAGAUUUGGCCUCUGUUCCUGUAAGUGGUGUGCUUCUGAAUUUGGGUGCAUUCCAUGAUGUGCAGGUCUCCCACCUCCGAGACCCCUCAGAGUUCUGGCUGCAGCUCUAUGAGCAUCGCCAGCUCUUCAGGCAGCUGAGGCAGCACAUGUGGAAUUUUUACUCCCAUGUCAGCAAGGAAGAUAGUGCUGGGUGGGACCUACAGCCUGGAUCCUUUUGUUGUGCUAGUGGGAAAGAAGGUGUCUUCUAUCGAGCAGUGAUCACCAAGGUGCUGCACAGUGGGGUGGAAGUACACCUGGUGGACAGGGGCAAUACAGAAACUGUAGAUCCUUGUGUGGUAAAGGAGCUGCUCCCUCAGUUCAAGGAACUACCUGCUUUAGCUCUCAGGUGUUGUUUGGCAGGUGUCCCCUCUCUGAGAGGGAGCUGGAGUAAAGAAUCUGUGUCUGCAUUCAGAGAGACUGUACUGAACAAAGGACUAAAGGUUCAUUUUUUGAGUGUGCAGGGUGACAAAUACAUGGUUGAAAUUUUUGUCCAGUCACAGUUAGGAGAGAAAAGUGUAAGUAAACUCCUGGCCCAGGGAGGGUACGCUGAAUACCAGAGGGGUGAAAUACCCAAGACUUGCCAGAAGCCAUCUGAUAAGGCUGUGAGCCAGGCCUCUUCCCUAGCAUCUGCUGGGGAGGAAACGCAAAGAAUUGCAGAGAAGAGGCUCAGAGAAGAGUCUGGCCUAAAGAGAAGUGAUAGAGCACUUAAUCCUUCUAUGGCUCCCAUAGUCAGGGAGCACCCUGUUGCAGCCGUUCACAGUUCUGAAAGUAGUGAAUCUCUUCCUGCUCCUAAGUAUGAGGCCAAGGAAAACCUGCCCAUCUCUUGGAGACAGAGUGAUGUAGAAAUGAAGGCAGGUUCCCCUUACGGAUGUCAUAUAGAAGUGGGCAGUACAGUUAAUGUUGUUGUGUCAUAUGUUGAAAAUCCUAGUUGUUUUUGGUGUCAGUUUAGAAAUUGCCGUGACCUUCAGGUAUUAAUGGCUGAAAUUCAGGAGUAUUGUAAAAAUCUGUCCCACCCACGUGCUUGGCCAAAUUCCGUAUGUUUAGCCCAGUACUCGAGGGAUAAGAAGUGGUACAGGGCUUCAGUUAUUAGUGAAGUUCCUUCUGCAGGAAAAGUCGAAGUCAUAUAUGUUGACUAUGGCAACAGAGAGCUGGUCUCUCUAACAGACCUCCGCUUAGCUGAUGAACGGUUUCUUAGGUUAGAGGCUCAGGCUUUCAGGUGCAGCCUUUACAACUUAAUCCAACCAAAUGGUCAGGAUCCUUUUGCUUGGGAUGAAGAAGCGAUUCAGGCUUUUGAGGAGUUUGUUGAUACUUCGUUAUGGUACUCUGAACUGAAGUGUACAAUAUUUGCCUUGGCUUCCAUAAACAAUACAGAGCUGUUUAACAUUGUAGAUCUAAGGACACCUUUUCAGAGUGCUUGCCAGUUUCUGACAGAGAGAGGUGUGGCCAGAGGCUUAUCCCCUCAAAAGCCUCUGGUAUCCUCAGUUCAGCUUCACUCUUACUAUUAUUCUGGGCACAAUAUAAAAGUUGGGAGUGAGGAAGAUGUUUAUAUUACACAUGUUGAGGAUCCAUGGACAUUUUACUGCCAACUUGAAAGGUGUGCAGGUGUCUUAGCACAGCUUGCUGAUAACAUCAGUUGCCUAAGUAAAACACUGACCAGCUUAGAAACCUUGCAAAAGUCUGGGAGCUUGUGUCUAGCAAUGUAUACUGACAAUCACUGGUACAGGGGAGUAAUUAUGAAAACCAAACCUAAUACAGAAGUCUUCUUUGUGGAUUUUGGAAAUGCAGAGACAAUAGAGAAAGAUCAUCUGCUUCCUUUACCCAGUGAUGCUUGUGAUAUUGUGCUGUUGCCAGUGCAGGCCAUAAAGUGUUCCUUAUCUGAUAUACCUUGUGUUCCCAAAGAAGCUACAACAUGGUUUAAACAAGCUGUCCUAGAAAAGCAAUUAAAAGCAACGGUAAUAGCAAAGGAACCCAAUGGUAAACUGUUGAUUGAGCUGUUUGAUGGUGAUACUGUCAUCAGUGCAAAACUGAAGGAGGAGUUUGGCUUAGUAAAUGAUACAGGACUGUGUAGGCAGGUAGAAAAUGAAGCAUCAUGCUUUAGAAAUACAGAUGUGAAUGAGAGGAAUGAGACUGCAGAGUCACCUUUAAAUGGUAGACCUCUUGAAGGAAACAAAUGGAGAUCUGAUGCCCAGGGAGGAGGGAAGAGUAGCAAAAAGCUCUUCGAAGAUGUAAACCUUUUCCAGCCUGCUAAGAAGGGAGAUUUGGCAGCUGGAUUACUAGAAUCUGAUGAAAUGCUUAGCAGUCAGAAGGAUGCUGCUUUAAGUAAAGUGGGGGAGGAGUCUCUGCUCUCUGCCCAGAUGGAUACACAGUCAAGUAUUAAAUCUGAUGCUGAAGGCGGAUGUGUAACACUGACAGAUGCAUCUGACCUACUGCAACAGAAGAUAGUGCCAGCUCUUAAAGUGUUAGUGUAUGUGUCUCAUGUAAAUGAUCCGCUGGAUUUUUAUGUUCAACUAGAAAGUGACGAGGCUCAGCUUAAUAGCAUUUCAGAAAGCUUAAACAGCAGGACACAAGCAAAGAACACUUGUGGACAACUUUUCCAAGCAGGAGACUUAAUCAGUGCUGUUUAUUCAGAAGACAGCCUGUUGUAUCGAGCUGUAGUAAAAGAGAAGACUUCUGACAAUUUGAUAAGUAUACAAUAUAUUGAUUACGGUAAUACUUCGGUAAUUAAUGUUGAUGAAGCACACAGACUCCCUGAAGACUUGUCAUCUAUUCCAGCAAUAAGUAUUCAUUGCUUCCUAGGUGGACUUAAAAACACUGACUGGACAGAGAAAGCAGUGCUUUACUUCACCAAGAGAACAAGCGAAGUUCUGCUAACCUGUGAAUUUGUAGAGAAGGUACAGGAUAAGUGGGAAGUUAUUCUCAGUGACCAUCAAGGUCUAAUAACAGUGGAUUUAGCUGAUGAAAAUCUUGCAAGUAGGGAAAGAUCUUGUUCAAUGGAAAUACUUGAAAGAAGAGAGAACAGUGGUGUGAUAACCGUGUGUGAACCUUCGCCUCCUCAGGCACAAAAUGAAAUUUCCUGUGUAAGUGAUUGUAAAUCAUUUACCUGGAAGUUUCCAGAGGCAGGUCAGACCAUAAAAGUCUAUGUCACAGUGGUAAGUGGUCCAGAAUACUUUUGGAGUCAGAGUGCUGAUACCGAAGAUAUGCGCUACAUAGAGCAGAAAAUAGAGGAAGCUGAAAACCUUGGACUAAACUCUUUGAAUGACUGUAGAUCUUGUCUUAAAAGUGGUGAUAUUUGUCUAGCAAAAUAUAGUCAAGAUGGACAGUUCUACAGAGCUAAAGUUAGUAGUGUAAAAUGUGACAACAUAGUUGUUAGGCAUGUGGAUUAUGGAAGUGAGGAAGCUGUUAGCAUAGAGGUGGUCAGACAGAUUCCAUGUGAAUUGCUCAAAGUCCCUAAUCAAGCAUUUGCUUGCUGCCUGUCAGGUUUCAGUUCCUCAGAGGGCUCAUGGCUUAGUGAAGCAGAAAAGAAGUUUUAUGAUAUGACCAAAGACCUUUUAUUAGAAGUUGAAGUAAUAGAAACUCAGGAAGAUAAAGCUUCUGAAAUCCCUCUGUGUGUUGUCAAGCUGGAAGCUUCUGGUAAGAGUAUUAAUGAAGAGAUGAAGCCUUUCUGGAAGGCUAAUAAAGGAACAUGUGCCAAUGCAUUCUCAAACCUUGAGAACUUCUUAAAGGAAAACAGAUGUCCAAAGAGUGAUAUGGGUCUUUUUCUUGAAAGAGAAGCUACUGCUGUUUGUGGAUCAGCUCAAGAAGAAAGUGCAAGUGCUUUACUGUGUUCUGAACCUUGCCUGGGUGUAACUUCUGAGUAUUUAAACACUGUAGAAGCAAAUGGGUCAGUGGGAGCUGUUGAGUGUCUGUCUGGGAAGGCUGGUGAUGGGUGUGAAACAGCUGAGAAUCAAAUCAAUUUUGAUAGAGGGAGAUCUCUGUCUGAAGGAGAGAGUGAUAACAACGUGUUACUAGAACCAGUGAGAAGCUGCAGUCUUUGUAUUUUGGGGAGUGAAGUGAAAGCUGCGGAACAAGAAUUAUCCAAAGUACUGUUUCAAGAGGAUGCUGAGCUGAAAGCAGAACUGACAGGCAGUGCUUCAGCAGCCAGUCUUUCCCUAGGAAGCAAACAAGAAGAACUGGAAAAACUGCCAGUGCUGCAGGUACAGUGCUCUUCAAGUGAUGAAACAGGGACAUUAGUAGAACGGGAUCGAUUACAAAUGCACUCUUUGUAUGAUGAUCUGAGAGAGUUCGUACAGGAGCUAGAGAUGCUUCCAGUGCAGUCCUCCUCUAGUGUAGAAACUAAGGAAGCUCUGGAAGCAGAAUCCCUUGAAAUGCAGACAGCUUCGGGCAGCAAAGCAAGAGAGAAGUCAUUGGAACAGGCAUCGUUUGAGCUGCCAGUUGUGAGUGAGGAGACAGGGGAGUUGGCAGCUCUGAAAUUUUCUGAAGUCUUACCAUCACUUAAUGAGAGGGAGAACUUAAUGCCUUCAGUUAGCAGUGGAGAGAAGACAGUAGCGUUGACUCAGUCUGAUGUUCAGCUUUCUUUGGGAGAGAAGGUGAAGAAACUGGAAUUGAAUUUGUCUAGAAUCCAUAAAGCAGAAGCUAUAAAAGAAGACUGGAUGGACAUAGAGUCUCUUCCCCUAAGGCUGUCUUCUGGUGGUAGAUGUGAGAAACAACUGCACCGGAGGCUCGGUGACAUACUGUCGAUGCUAGGUGCUGCAACUGAGUGGCUGCUGGAACUGGUGCAGCCUGAUGAGAAGUCAUCUCAGGAGGAUGAGGAGUCAUCAUCAUUAGGGUUGCUGGAACACACUGCACUGCAAAGUUCUACAAAUCGUGGAAGUCAAUCUCCAUUUCUUCAAAAAAACAUAGUGCGUCAGCAGCCUGUUUGCACCGUAAAAUCCUGUGACUGCAAAGUUGAGAAACACAAGGAGUGGCAGAAGAAGAAAGAUGACUGUUCUGUGGAAGAAUGGCUGAAACAAGGCUUGACUGACUUAAUUAAAGAACGUGGAAAUGCACGUGUGCAGUCUUCAGACUGUAAGCCUGGGGAUGAAGAAGCAGAAGAUAAGCAAAAUGAUAUCUCGGCUGAGUGCGGUGCAGAACACAAUGAGUACGCUCGUCAUCUGGAGGGCUUUGCUGUUGGUUCCAAAUGUGUGGUGUGGAGCUCUCCAAAAUGGUGCAAGGCUGUCAUUUUGGAGGGGUCUGAAAAAGGUACCAAGGUCUUGAAUCUCUCCAGUGGCAAUGAGGAGAUGGUGGAUCCUGAGAAUGUCUGGAGUGGUAUUCCUGACUGGCCUUGCGGAUCAUCUGAGGCAGUACCCCCUGCAACAGAAAACUUGCAGUCCUUACCAGAGGAGUCCUUACUUGAAGAAAAGCAGAGCAGCUGCAGUUCAGCUAAUUCUGAAGAUCCUUGUGUCUGCCAGCAUUUCUGAAACCAAGUUACAUGCUCAGAACACAAAGCCAACCAAGCACCAUUUGGCUUGAAGUCUUGUAUUUGGUGGUGUUAAAAUCAAUGGAAGGAGGAGCUGGAAUAGAUCAGUAUAUGACAGCCCAAGCUUUGUCUUUUGUAUAUGACUUGUGUUCUUUCCCUAUAUGUAAGCCCAAAUGCUGGAUGCAUGCUAAGACUCUUUUCUUUGACUGUACUACUGCAGUUAGAUGUAGCUAUGCACGUUCUGCAGUUACUGGUUCUGUUUUGACCCUAACAGCUCUCAGAGCACCAUGAGUUAUGGUGAAUGCUUUGAAGCAUCCCACAGUUGUGUACAAAAUAAAACUUGCAUUUCUGACAUGGCCUUAACCCCACUAAUGAGAUACCAAGCAUUUCCUAUAAUUAUGAAGCAGGUCGAGUAGAAUGGUUUUGCUGCUGCAUGUGUACAGUGGGGCAAGAACUUCCUUAAAAUAGCUCCAACUUACCUUCUAUUCUCCUCCUCUGUUGAAAAGGGGUUUCUAUUUUGUAGUCCCAUUCCAUGCUCCUGUAUACCAUAGUGGCUUCCUCCUCUUCAGGGGCUAUGGAUUUUUCAUACUACCAUAAAGACUUAGGAACCAGAGAUCUCUGACAAGGUAUCUGAAGUGUUAGUGCUUACUCAGUAAGAGGAACACUUACAUGUUUAUUCCCUUAACAAAGACACAUUAUACUACAUGGUGGUAGGCUGGAGAGAAUUUAAUGAAAUUCUGAAAACAUGUCUUAGAUGUUGUUGCAAUCUCAUGUUAAGAUCACAGAUUAUAUAAAUAGUUAAUUACACUGUUAA